AUGGAUCCUCAGGGAUCAUCCUCUUCUGCACGAAACUCAUCAAACAAGAGGACGCAAGCAUAUACCACGGCUGGCAUCCUUCUCGACGGGAUAGCAAAUGUAGCCGAGGCAUCAGAUAUCCUUGCUCCUCUCAAGGCAGCCUGUAAAACCACCAAAUCAAUCCUCGAUGUCAUGCAGGCUAUCAACGACAACCAAGAAGAAUGGGUCGACCUAACACGACGCCUGAGAGAAUACAUGUCAUCCAUCGAGAGCCAAAUGAAGUCAUUCGAGGAGUAUCCUCCAGCGGAGAGGGUCGUCGACAAAGCAUUCAGUCAACCACUCAUUGAAUACGUAGAGUCCCUCGAAGAGAUACAUGACAAGAUCGUCAACCUAAAGGAGAACCGCAGCCGCAGCAAACUGGGCUUCCUCAAAAAGUUCAGUAAUGUGAAAAUGGACGCGGGAGAGAUUCUCAAAAUCAGUCGAGGCAUCGAUGACAGGCACAAACAGUUCAUGAAUGCUUUGAGCCUCUUUACUGCAUUGCGUGUGCAAGCCAUGGAACGGAGUGCCAAAGCAGAGGCCCAGGCCGCUGCGAUCCUCCAGCUACCUAUGGUCACAUUUGUUGCAUCUUCGGUUCAUACUCCUUGUCUGCAAGGAACCCGUCACGCCGUUCUUGACAAGAUCCGGCGCUGGGCCGAGGAUGAUAUGUCGGACAAACCAAUAUUUUGGUUAUGCGACAUCGCUGGCUCUGGCAAAUCGUCGGUUGCAAUGUCCGCAGCAGUGUCGUGGCGAGCCGAGGGAACGCUAGGGGCCCAGUUCUUCUUCUCGAUGGCCAGCGCCGAAGCAUCGAAUACAGAAAAGCUUUGCCCGACCAUAGCCAGGGAACUCGCACGCCACAUACCCGAACUGGUACCAUACAUCGCCGACGCCGUGAAGCGAGAUCCAGUGAUCACGCGAAACAAGCGCAUAAUUAUCGUUAUCGACGCCAUCGACGAAUGCAAAUUAGGAUCACAGCGAAGAGAACUUGUGGAGACCCUUGCUAAGGGUGUUCGAGAGAGCAAGAACCUCAAGAUCUUCAUGACGAGUCGACCGGAUCCUGUCAUUGAAGCAGUUUUGAAAGAGCUUUCGAACAAAGAAAAGCUAGAAGACCGGCUGCACGAUCCCAACCAUUCGGAUAAUAUCGGUGACAUUGGGGUCUAUGUACAUCAGUCGUUGUAUCGAGUUCUAGCCCACGACAAGAGACAACGAUUGGUCGAAAAGGCCAACGGUCUGUUCAUCUGGGCGAGCACCGCAUGCCGAAUGCUCACGAGCGAAACCAGCUGGAGCUCGCCCAAUGACACAUAUGACCAGCUGAUUUCUAUGGAUCAGCCAGGUGCCAUAGACGACGUAUACCGUCUCGUCUUCGAACGUACAGACCCAACUACUACACGGUGA